AUGACAUCAUAAAACGCCACAGGAAAGAGCAAACAGAUGCCAGCGCUGCGGGGGACAGGCGAAGGCAGCAGGUCAAGAACAGGAAUUCUGCGUAUGGGUACGGGCGGCCCCGUUUCCGUGCCUGGAUGCAGAGGAAUUUGCAAGGACCUAACCGUUUUAGAAGAGGGUUCGGACAACAACAGUACAAUCGGAGACAAUUCAGGAAUACUGUGCCUGGUCCCAGGAGAAGAGCAGCUGCUGCAUUAAAUGGAGUGAGCCCUUUAAAUCGCCAGGCAUCAGCUCAAGAGGGCAACAAGAACAAUGAUGCCUUCGCCAAAACCAGCAGCAACGGGCAGCCAGACGGACGGCGCCGGCCACCUCCAGGCCCCAAGAGAUUCAGAGCAGCUGCUGCCAGCACCCACGCCCUGGGGAGAAGGCCUUUCCUGCUAAAUAGGGGACCAGCCUUCCAGCAGAAGCGGAUGCAGCAGCGAUUCUCCAAAGCCAACUUUCAGAGAGGGCAGAUGGAUGCUAAUGGAGAAGGGAAACCACCAAGGAUGAGAAGGUGGCAAGUGAAACCCAGCCCCGGAGCAGUUCUGACGGUUUCUGUGGCUAAUCCCCAGGCGGGCCAGACCGGCGCGCCUGGAUCCAAGCGCCCGUUCCUGCGAAGCCAGAGGCCCCCGCCGCGGGCGGCCAAGCCCCAGCCCAAGGGGGUGCUGCUGAGGUUUAACUUCCGUGCGAUGGCCAACCAGACCAGCCUGACGCUGGAUGAGCGGUUCUCUGGUCUGAGGAAUAAGAGGCGCUUUACAGCAGCCAGGAGCGCCGGCCGGACAGUCACCAUGCCUUAG